UGAUAAACGGGCACAAGCUAUUCAUCUAUAUAUAUGUACCAGAACGAAAGCUCCCCUUUUCGUGAAAAGAUAAGAAAGAAUUAUAUAACCUAACACAAACUCCUUCCGGAACUGAAUCGCCGGGAAUACGUACAAUUUUUAGCCGCUUGUUGACACCAAAAAUCGCCACAAGCGCCGCUCCCCUAAAUCAACGUUUCAAUCCAGCGACUCAAUUAAAAAUCCAUAAUGAGUGUUCACACAAAGCUUCCGUCAUUUUCCGAAUUAACCGCAACCUUCGAAAACGAUUCGCCACCAAUACAUAUUGAUCAUUCUUCGGAUACGCUCAUAUCUUCCCAUCAUAGUACAGUACUUAUAAGAAAAAGUGACUCCGAAAACACCCCUACCGAGGGAGGACAAAAUGGAAUUAUCGACCACACAAGAAAGAAAGCAUCUUCUAGCAAUAGUGGCAAUGCUGAUAUCCCGCUCAAUUAUCAGUUCCCAUCGUCCAUACACCCCCAACCCCGUUCACUUACACUGCCCGGUCACUCCCUAGACUAUUCGAUACCGUCGACAGACGGUUUUAUUCCAACGGAGGAACGUGCCUUCUCGUACAAACGGAACCACAGUACUUCCUCCUCGGUAGAUCAAGAUAGGUUGAAAUCCCAGACACGAAUCAAAAACCGAUCUUCGUCUUUGGAUGCGUUGGCCGAGGUUUCUAGCAAAAUGUACUGGCUGGAUGAUACUUUUCGUCACAACAGAGAUGACAUGAAAACCAAGCUACUUCAUGGGCUAGAGAAUGCCCUAGCCUGUUUUGAAGAAAAGGAGGGACUCUGGGCAGCGGUAGGGAAAAUCAUUAAUGAUAACUUUGAAGAUGAUCGGUGCCCCAGUGAAGUACUCUACAACUAUGACAGAUCAACAAAACCUGUUUCAGUUUCUGGCAAGAGGAAUGGUGCUUUUCAACCCAGCACCGAUCUCAUCUUCAAAAGGCAGAGCUUGGAUCUCUUGUUGGAAAGUAUACCUUUAGAAUUGCUUGAGGUGAAUAUCCAAAAUUCUCGGAUGAUUAUUGAUAUUCUAGACGAUUGGAAGCAAUAUAAACAGGAUAUUGAGAAUGACAAACUCCAGUCUUGGAGAAAUGGUGGUAGUCAGAUCCAUCAAGUAGACGAAGAUUUUGACACCGAAGGCUUCCAGGUUCACGUCGGAGAUAUGGCUCAACCCGAGGACGAACAUCCUGUCAAAUUCUCUGCCUUAUCUGGGCCUACCUCGAAAGUUAUUCCAAGACCCACAAAUGCCCACUCUUCUUGUCUGACUCCAAAAACAUGGAUCCUGAAUGAUGAAAAUUGGAAUCAAGCAAAAACGGAGAAAAUUCAUAAGUGGAGGAACGACACUGCACGACAGAAACCCAAGUCCGAUGAAACGAUUAGGGGUCUGUCAAAUCAAAGCGCAGAAACAAUUAGUUUACUUGUGAAUCCUGUUUUCUUUUCCACUCAGAAGAGUAGUGGAAGCACGAGAGCUCCGACUCUGAAGAAACCCCCAAUGCUUGCACUGCCACCCACCGCAUCAGCCAAGAGUGGGUAUAACGACGAAUUAAGCAGAAAAAACCGAGAGAAGGUCCAGUGCUUGCAAUGCGGUUCUACCGAAACCCCAGAAUGGAGAAGAGGGCCAUAUGGUUCUCGAACCCUUUGCAAUGCUUGUGGGUUGUUUCAUUCAAAGCUCGUGAAGCGAAAAGGAGAAGCUGAAGCUGCAAAAAUUAUGCGGGGGCGAUUACAGUCAGGCCAGGGUAUGGAUAGGAGAAUCCUGAUAUUAUGAAUGAUAACUUGUUAGGUUUUCUAGUAAAUAGUGAAUUAAAAUGGGUUUGAAGUAUCC